UAUAUAUAAUUGGGUUGGGGUAAAUCGUCGCUAUCAUAACGUGUAUUGGUUAGCAGGAGUGCUUAAGUAUUUGCUCACGACUAAGUCCUUUUCUCCUCUUCUUCUUCUUCCCUCUCUCUCUCCCCUUUCACUAUCGCUUCUCAAUUUAUCAAAUGCCUCAUAAUAUCCAGUUGGGUGGCACGACACGACCGCGUUGAAUUCUUCACACAGAUUUGUUAAAAAGAAGAUCUUCUUCUAUCAAGUAUUGUUAUAAACUAUAACCCAAAGAUCUGAGUUUCUUCUUCUCUCUUCCUUCCUCUGUCACGGUCACGGGCCUCUUAAGGGAUCUACCGAGGUAGAUCAACAACAAUGGCAUCUAAUAACCGUUUCAGUAAGAGUCGAUCAAAUCUAUCAAACAACUCUGAUAUUCAGGAACCUGGAAGGCCACCUGUUCCUUCUUCUUCAGUCACAUUUGCUCGAAGAACGUCCUCUGGUCGCUAUGUUAGUUACUCGAGAGACGAUCUUGAUAGCGAGUUGGGCAGUCAAGAUUUCAUGAACUAUACAGUUCACAUUCCUCCAACUCCAGAUAACCAGCCAAUGGACCCUUCCAUUUCUCAGAAAGUUGAAGAGCAAUAUGUCUCUAACUCCAUGUUCACUGGCGGUUUUAACAGCGCUACAAGGGCUCACCUUAUGGACAAAGUGAUUGAGACAGAGACUAGCCAUCCACAAAUGGCUGGCGCUAAAGGAUCUUCUUGCGCGAUCCCUGGCUGUGAUGCUAAGGUUAUGAGCGAUGAGAGAGGUCAAGAUCUUCUUCCUUGUGAAUGUGACUUUAAAAUCUGUAGGGAUUGCUUCGUAGAUGCGGUCAAAACCGGCGGUGGGAUUUGCCCCGGGUGUAAGGAACCGUACAAGAACACGGAUUUGUCUGAUCAGGCUGAUGAUAACGGUCAGCAAAGACCUAUGCUGCCUUCGGGUGGUGGGUCGAAGAUGGAGAGAAGAUUGUCGUUGAUGAAGUCAACUAAUAAAUCAGCUUUGAUGAGGAGUCAAACUGGAGAUUUUGAUCACAAUAGGUGGUUGUUUGAGACAAGUGGAACUUAUGGUUAUGGGAAUGCUUUUUGGACAAAGGACGGAAAUUUCGGGAGCGGUAAGGAUGGAGAUGGAGAUGGUGAGGGUAUGGAGCCGCAAGAUUUGAUGAGCAAACCAUGGAGACCACUUACUCGGAAGCUGAAAAUUCCUGCUGCUGUUAUUAGUCCAUACAGGCUAUUGAUAUUAAUCCGUAUAGUCGUUCUUGCAUUGUUCUUGACUUGGAGGAUUAAACAUCAAAACCAAGACGCUAUAUGGUUAUGGGGAAUGUCUGUGGUUUGUGAGCUUUGGUUCGCCCUUUCUUGGCUUCUUGAUCAGCUCCCUAAGCUAUGCCCGAUUAACCGUGCUACCGAUCUGCAAGUCCUGAAGGAAAAGUUUGAAACGCCGACAGCCAGCAACCCGACCGGGAAAUCUGACCUUCCUGGAUUUGACGUGUUUGUCUCUACCGCGGAUCCCGAGAAAGAACCUCCUCUGGUCACUGCUAAUACCAUUUUAUCAAUUCUAGCUGCGGAAUAUCCGGUUGAGAAGCUUUCUUGCUAUGUAUCUGAUGAUGGAGGGGCGCUUCUUACCUUUGAAGCCAUGGCUGAAGCUGCGAGCUUUGCAAACAUUUGGGUUCCUUUCUGUCGUAAACAUAUGAUCGAGCCGAGGAAUCCAGACUCCUACUUUAGCUUAAAGAGAGAUCCUUACAAGAACAAAGUGAAGUCUGAUUUCGUGAAGGAUCGUAGACGGGUUAAGCGUGAGUUCGAUGAGUUCAAAGUCAGGAUUAACAGCUUGCCUGAUUCGAUCAGGCGCCGUUCUGAUGCUUAUCAUGCCAGAGAAGAGAUUAAAGCCAUGAAGAUGCAGAGGCAGAACAGGGAUGAUGAGCCUUUAGAGCCCGUGAAGAUUCCAAAAGCUACAUGGAUGGCUGAUGGUACUCACUGGCCAGGAACUUGGUUGACUUCUGCAAGUGAUCAUGCCAAAGGCGACCACGCUGGUAUCAUUCAGGUGAUGUUGAAGCCACCGAGUGAUGAGCCAUUACACGGAGGAUCUGAAGGGUAUCUUGAUCUUACUGACGUGGAUAUUCGACUCCCACUCCUCGUCUAUGUUUCUCGUGAGAAGCGACCUGGUUAUGAUCAUAACAAGAAAGCUGGAGCCAUGAACGCUUUAGUCAGAGCUUCUGCAAUUAUGUCGAAUGGACCAUUCAUACUCAAUCUUGACUGUGAUCAUUACAUAUACAACUCGGAGGCACUGAGAGAAGGUAUGUGCUUCAUGAUGGAUAGAGGCGGGGAUCGGCUUUGCUACGUUCAGUUUCCACAGCGGUUUGAAGGUAUUGACCCAUCGGAUCGAUAUGCUAAUCACAAUACUGUCUUCUUUGAUGUCAACAUGAGAGCUCUUGAUGGGCUUAUGGGUCCGGUUUAUGUUGGAACUGGUUGUCUCUUCCGAAGAAUCGCGCUUUAUGGAUUCAAUCCACCUCGAUCGAAAGACCAUUCCCCCAGUUGCUGGAGUUGUUGUUGCUGUUUCCCUCGUAGCAAGAAGAAGACUGUUCCUGAAGAAAAUCGAGCUUUGCGUAUGAGUGAUUACGAUGACGAAGAGAUGAAUCUAGCUCUAGUCCCGAAGAAAUUCGGUAACUCGACAUUCCUCAUUGAUUCAAUCCCAGUAGCUGAGUUCCAAGGCCGGCCUCUCGCGGACCACCCAGCAGUUAAAAAUGGGCGCCCACCCGGUGCACUCACCAUUCCGCGAGAGCUGCUUGAUGCAUCGACUGUAGCAGAAGCCAUUGCUGUUAUCUCUUGCUGGUACGAGGAUAAAACCGAGUGGGGAUCACGUAUCGGAUGGAUUUACGGGUCAGUCACCGAAGAUGUUGUCACGGGUUAUAGAAUGCAUAACCGAGGCUGGAAAUCAGUGUACUGUGUGACGAAACGGGAUGCUUUCCGUGGUACAGCUCCAAUUAACUUGACGGAUAGGCUUCACCAGGUUCUCCGUUGGGCUACUGGCUCGGUUGAGAUCUUCUUCUCCCGUAACAACGCUCUUCUCGCAAGCUCGAAAAUGAAAAUACUCCAGAGAAUUGCCUACUUAAACGUCGGUAUCUACCCGUUCACAUCGAUAUUCCUCAUUGUCUACUGUUUCCUUCCUGCGCUCUCCCUCUUCUCUGGUCAGUUCAUAGUCCAGACGCUCAACGUCACUUUCCUAGUCUACCUUCUCAUCAUCUCCAUCACUCUCUGCUUACUCGCCCUCCUAGAGAUCAAAUGGUCUGGGAUCUCACUGGAGGAAUGGUGGAGAAACGAACAGUUUUGGCUCAUUGGUGGAACAAGCGCUCAUCUCGCAGCUGUUCUUCAAGGUUUGCUCAAAGUCGUAGCUGGAGUUGAAAUCUCUUUCACACUCACUAGUAAAUCAGGAGGGGAUGAUAUAGACGACGAGUUUGCUGAUUUGUACAUGGUGAAAUGGACUUCACUUAUGAUCCCUCCCAUUACUAUCAUUAUGGUGAAUUUGAUUGCGAUUGCGGUUGGAUUCAGCAGGACGAUUUACAGUGUCGUUCCUCAGUGGAGUAAACUGAUUGGAGGAGUGUUCUUCAGUUUUUGGGUGUUGGCACAUCUUUAUCCAUUUGCUAAAGGUCUAAUGGGAAGAAGAGGAAGGACACCAACGAUUGUGUAUGUGUGGUCUGGUCUUGUGGCCAUUACCAUUUCUCUUCUUUGGGUCGCCAUUAACCCUCCGGCUGGUAAUACUGAAAUCGGAGGGAACUUCAGUUUUCCAUGAUAGGUUGAGUUCUUUCUUCUCAAGAAUUACAAACAAACAAACAAAACUCGUCUCCUUUGUUGUAUUAAAUCACUCAUUCCUUUAUUAGAUUUUUUGUGUUCUCGUUUCUUCUGUCCUGUGAUGAUGAUAUGGGACUCAUGUUAGGACAGAGAUCGGCUAAAUAUAAUUUGAACCAGUGAACUUAGUUUCUUUUGUUGUCUUUAUUUUUGUUUUGUUUUUUUGGUUCUCUCGUUGUUAUCAUUUAUGACAUGGAUGUUUUGCUCAUUACAUUUGUUUUAUCUUUUAUGUAACGAGGCAACUUUUCUA